AUGCAAGGUUUUAUUGUCGUUAGUUACUUGGAGGGGACUAUGUCAGGUGGCGUGAAGAAUCGUCGAAUUUCUUUAGGAUCUCCCAAAGAUCUAAAAGAAGUGCAUUUUUUCGAAGAAGACACUAUUCCUGAUGUACCGCCUAAAGGAGCUCGCAUCAAGGUGUGCUACGCUGGAGUAUGUCUCACGGAUCGUGAAGUUACCAACACUAAACAGGCUAGAAUUACAAAUGGUAUAAAAGAUACGAGUCUUUUUCCAGGAUAUGAAGUUUCUGGUGUGCUUGAAGCAUUUGGAGAUGAAGCAAAGCCAGCAGAAUUUGAUUUAAAAAUUGGAGACAAGGUAAUAGUUUGGCCAACAGAUGAAAUGUGUCAGAAUGGAUAUGCAGAUUUUGUAACAGUUCCUGCUCUGCAAUUCCUUAUCAAGGUUCCAGAUACUCUCUCAAUGCAUGUUGCUUCUAUUCUUCCCGCUGGUGCUACAUGGGCCCUUUCUGCUGUUAUUCAGGCACGUCCAAUCGUUGAAGCAUUUUCACAUUCAAAAGGAUUUUGCAAUGUACUCAUCGUAGGAGCUGGUGGCUUAGGACUUUGGCUACUCAAGUUAGCAAAGCAUUUUCUUUCUGGACAUCAAGAAAGAAAAAUCAAGAUUAUGGUAGCAGAUGCUCGUGAAGAACGUCUUUGUCUCGCUGAGCGCAAUGGUGCAGAUUUUGUCGUCCAUUGGGAUGAUAGUGAAUUUGAAGAAUAUUUGAUCAUGAGAACUAAGGACGUGGCUCGUACUGGUGUUCAAGUUGUUUUCGAUUUUGUCACUUCACCACGUACUGUUACUCGUUCUCUAAAGUGCCUCGCAGAGGGAGGAGUCCUGUUCGUUGGUGGUCUGUCUGGCCUCGAUGUACAACUUCCUAUCAAAUUAGUUGCUCGUAAUCGUCUUGCAAUUAUGGGAGUUACUCGUGGUUCUAUUGAUCAGCUUAAAAAUCUAGUGUGCUUAAUUGCCGGAGGUCAGAUUGAUGCUCCAGAUUAUCGAGUGUAUCCUGUCAGUCAGGCGUCACAGGUACUUAAGCAGCUUAGUAUGUCAGAAGUUGAAGGUCGUGCGAUUCUCGAAGUAUGCGAUCCGAAUACAGCUCUUGAACCUGUCGCUAAUCCAUGA